CAGCAUUUAUGGUUCAUCUACUUCGUUCCAUUCUCUGCAACUUCCUUCCCCCGAUAGCCACGUCCACCACUUCCCGCCGGCGAUUCCCUCUCCCUCCUCCCUCCGCAGUCACAAUGUCGUCCCGCGGCUCCGCUUCUUUGUCCGUCCGCCGCGCUCUCUUCAUCUUCACCUCCGGCUUCAUAUCAUUCGUCCUCUUCUACAGCUUCGUCGCUUCCUUCUCCCUCCGCAUCUUCUCCUUCCCCACCGUCCCCGCGGUUCGCUUCCCUAACUAUUUCUCAUCUUUCUACGAACCUAGCGACGAAGAGAAGCUUGACAUUGUACUGAGAGGUGCGGCCAUGGAAGACAACAGGACAGUAAUUCUGACGACAUUGAAUGAAGCUUGGGCGGCGCCGAACUCUGUGUUCGAUCUCUUCCUUGAGAGCUUCCGCACUGGAUUGCGCACCCGUAGACUGUUGAGCCAUUUGGUCGUCAUAGCGUUGGACGAGAAAGCCUAUCGCCGGUGUAAGGAACUGCACGGCCAUUGCUAUGCUCUGGUGACGGAGGGAGUUGAUUUUCGGCACGAAGCCUAUUUCAUGACUCCAGCCUACUUGAAGAUGAUGUGGAGAAGGAUCGACUUCUUGCGCACUGUGCUUGAAUUGGGUUACAAUUUCGUCUUCACGGACACAGAUAUAAUGUGGUUUAGGGAUCCAUUUCCACGGUUUUAUCCAGAUGCGGACUUUCAGAUUGCUUGUGAUCUCUAUUCAGGGGAUAGUCUUGGACUAGGAAACAUAGUCAAUGGAGGGUUUAGUUAUGUGAAGGCCAAUAAUCGUUCGAUAGAGUUUUACAAGUUCUGGCACUCGUCACGCAACACUUAUCCUGGCCAUCAUGAUCAGGAUGUGCUGAAUUUUAUCAAGAAAGAUGAGUAUGUAAAGGAUCUUGGGUUGAAGAUGAGAUUCUUGGACACUGCUUAUUUCGGAGGACUUUGUGAGCCGAGCAAAGAUUUUAACUUAGUUUGCACAAUGCAUGUGAACUGUUGUUUGGGUUUGGAUAACAAGCUGAAUGAUCUUAAAGUGAUGCUUGCGGACUGGAGGAACUUCUUGAGCUUACCGCCAAAGCUGAAAAGAGAACUACGGAUCUCAUGGAGGGUUCCCCAGAACUGCAGGUGAGAUAUAUAAGUUUACUGUAAUUUUUGGGAAUGAAUAUUUGAGCUUGGAAUUCUCUGACUUGCCACAUACUUCUGGUAUAUGAAUUUUGUGCUGUUGUAUAAUGUUGUUUGGCGGUUAUUUUUCUAGUAUUGAUGCUGUCCUUGCGCAUGAUUCUCUACGAAAACGUGUUGAAGAAGAUGAAGGGGAAGAAUAGCAGCGUUCAAGGAAGCAUCGGUGAAGUCUCUCGUGAAAGCAAACCCAGAAGGUAAGCUUCUGCCCUGCAUAGGUGAAAUGUCACUAGAAAGUUGGUGAUUGAAUGUAACUGUCUGAAGGGUGAAUAACCCCUGAAGUAUUAUUGUAUGUUUAAUCCACCUAAAGCAGAUAUUCCUAGGUGUCCUUCUCCUAUAUCGCUUACCAGCCAUUAUGUAACUAGGGAUGUAAACUGUUAACUGCUACUGCUUCCUGCAUUUAUGAAACUUUAGAGGCAAGAGUUUAUGUUACUUCGUUGAUGGAAAAUUAUUGAGUUUUGCAUCUGACCUUUCCUUUCAAAGAAAGUUUUUUGUUGGGCUGGUAGAUGAAAUUUUGGGUCCAUCAGUCGAGCAAAAGCCGAGAAUUUCCCCAUGCAGAUUGAGCUACUAAUCUUGCUGGGACUCCAUAGGUUUAAAGGUUUCCACCCUUCUUUAGGGCUUUGAUCUCGCCUACACCAUAAUAAGUGAGAAAUUGUAGUUUUUCACAGUUCAUUGAGAACAAAUGCAUGAACACCCCACGUCAAUGACUUUGAGCAAUGAUAUUGAGAACUGGCUUGUGGUUCUAAUAGUUUUCCCUUGCAUGGCUGCCUCAGAAAGUCCCAGCUAACUAUGACAAAUUGUGCGUCAGUAACAAUACAGUGGUUGAACAUGAAGCAACCACCCAUCUACAGUAGUUGCUUCAAUAAAAAGUGGAGAUAAUAGCAGGUUAUAUUCGAGCUGCAAUUGGCUUCUUAAUUACAGUCUCAUAAGCACUGGAACUCCAUGGCAUAGAAUCUACCAAAUUUGGAAGAUGGGUGCUGCUAAACAGGUGCAACUGGCAGCGGAGCUAGAAAGUCUACAGGCUGCAGCAACAGCAAACAGUUCAACAGCAAAAGCUUAUCAUUCUUCAAGUCCAGUCAGCUAACUACAUUCUCCGAGAACUAAGGAGCGUUCAAGCCUUGGAUGGGGAAGGGAAAGCAGUUUUGGGGAAGAGCUUUUGACAUUUGUCACUAACUUAUGCAUGUAAUUUUUCCUUCCAGUGUAAACUUGUGUAUGUGUGUCUGAACUUUCAGUAUAGAGUAUGUUAUUUUUUGUCACUUUAGAUAUAGAAACCACCCAGUUUAAUGUACGAAUUUAUCAUGGACUAAGGCAAGAGUUCCAGUGAUAGUUGAGGU